UGGCUUUGAAGCUGACUUAAUGCGGUCUUUUGGUUGUGGCCAUGGAAAGAAUGAGGCAGGAUCAUCUCUGUAAAUUUCCUCCGUGUUCUCUUAAUUUCAAUUCUCAGCUCGCGGGUUUGAAGAAUUCCAUAGGAUUAUGGGAGGAUAUGAUAAACAAAACUUCAAAGUUGAGUGCUUCACUAAAAACUGUGAUUCAGUGCAUCGGUGGGUUUCUAGAAGCAUUUCAAAAAAUUGCUGACUGUGCAUAUGGCAGCAACUGUGGUUUAAAGGAUUUGGGUUCUUCAAUGACUCGAUUCUGUUUGCGCGAACGGGGACUGGAAUCUAGAUUACGCACUUUUAACAGUCAACUCACCGAGUGCUUAACUGCCCCGCUUGUCGAUCGUCUUGAAGAAUGGAAACGUUCAGUGGCUCAGUUGGAUCGAGAAAAUGGGAAAGAGUGGCGUCGAGCAAAAAGUGAACUUCAGAGAGCAACAUGUGAGCUAGAAAAGCUUUCAAAGCGUUCUCGUCGAAAAGGAAGCUCAGCAUCCAGUUGUACUGUUGGUGGUAUUAAUGGGAGUGUGGAUUCCAGUUCGCAUAAUGAAAUUUACGCAUUUUCCACGAUGCAGUCUAUAGAUUCGAAUAACAAUACUGUUCUUCAUUCUGGUGAUAAUAUGCACUUAAAUUUUGUUCAACAUGAUCUAAUUUUGAAACAGCAAACUUUAGCAGAAUUGGAGCGUGUUAGUUUACGAAGAGCAGUUGUUGAAGAACGUAGACGAUUUGCUGAAUUGCUUACCUGUUUAAAACCGGUUUUGGACUCAAAGUUAGCCAUAUUUGGAGACGUCAGUUUGUUCGAAGAAUCCAUUCAAGCUAUCACACAUAGUUUAUAUGAUCCAAAUCAAAUACCUAGUGAUAUCGAAGAAGCAAUUGAUUAUGCAGUUGGUCUUGUUACUUCGAAUGUUUUAUGUGAUCGUAAAUAUUCCACAUCCUUUGGUAGUGGCACUCGAUCCGAUUCACGGUGUACAAUACGAUCAACGAAACAUUCAACAAGUUCUACCACUAUCGGAAAUGGAUUAGAAUAUUCUAAUAGUACUGGUUUAUCUUGUCAUGCAUCAGAGCUAAGUUUACAAUCUUCAAUAUCUGUAUCGACAAAUGGAUCCUGGAAUAAUAGUAAUAAUAACUGUAUUAGCGGUGGCAGUGGUAGUAAUUAUUCACAAUCUACAAUUCAUGCAUCUGAACAGCACUGUGAUGUUUUAAACCCAACACAAAAUUCUGGUGCUACUGAUAACCUCUUGUCUCAUACAGCUGGUGGCGGUGUUGGAGAUUCAGUUAGCCUUUUUGAAAAUCCAGAUGGUUCCAUCAGUGGCGAAUCCGGUUCAUUAGGAAGACCAGUACCAAAUUCUGUAUUGGACUCAAUCAAUCCUGAUUGGAUUCCAUUACCUGGUUUAAGUAAUAAAAGUAUGAAUGUAAAUGAACGUCAAAAAACCAAUGGUAAAUCAACUCAAGAUAAUGCUGUUUUCGGUUUUUCAUCUGAAAAUUUUAACAAUAAUGAAAACGAUAAUGGUCAAGAUGUUAAUCAUGAAAGAGGAACAAGUAAUGUUGAUAUCAGCGUUGAAGCUGAUGCUGAUGAUGGCGGCGGCGGUGCUGGUGGCACCACUACUGAAGAUACGGAGGAUGGUGAAACAGAUGAUGAGAAAUUAGAUCAUAGUGAUGAAACCCGUCUGGAUAAAUCACAUCAAGUACAAACCUUAUAUCCUAAUCAAGCUAUACCUUCACCAGUCUAUACAAAUUUGAAUGAACUUAAGAAAGCUGCUGCACGUAAAUUUCAAAGUCGUAAUUCUCCCACUGUAAAUAAUAUAAACAAUAAUAGCAACAACAAUGAAACUGUAGUGAAUAAUGACAGCAGUUCCUUGUAUACUAGUCGUAAAUUCAGUUUGCCAUCGAAUGAAUCAAUGCUCACUCCAACAGUUGUCGGAGAUUCUUUUCCUGUCAGUGAUAUCAACAAAGUUGAUUCAGGUUUACCACAGUCAUCUCAUUUCAUUUGGCCACCGAUAACAACACUUGAUAAUGUCAGUUGUGAUAGUGGGGGACAAGAGAUUAAUUCUCGUUCAUUGUGUAAUACUACACAUAUGUCUAGUGUGAAUAAUAAUAAUGUUUCUAGUUUAUGGGAAUACAAUCACUUGAUAACGACCGAUCAAACUACUUCUCCUUUCUUUCAUCCUACAUCAAUAACACAGUCAUCAGGGUAUUUAGCUACUACGUUAUCACCGUCAUUAUCUUCGAAUGGGAAUGAUAUUAAUACUAAUAAUAAUUUAUAUGACGCAUCACAGUCUUCUGCUUCUACUACUAAUGGUGAUGCUAUCGGUUACAUAAAUACAAUUGUUAAUUCUGGUACUUCAACAUUUCGACGACGUCAAUCAGAGUAUUUUAAAAAGUCAUUGGAUUCAACAAUAUCCUCUGGUAAAAUCUGUUCAUCUCCUCCUCCUCCAGGUCCUCCAUUAAGUCCAUCUUCUGUGAAAAAUUCCAACUAUGCUUCUGUUACACCAGGUUUAAUACGUCGUGGUAGUCAGGCCUAUCAACAAACUCCUCAUAUUGGUAAUCGUCUAUAUGAUCGUCCAUUAGUACAUCCGCCUAGACGUUCAAGCAGUGUCAGUCGUGAAUUAGUUUCACAUAAUUCUUCAUUAAACAAUAUCAAUACUGUUAAUAAUAAUAAUAGUUUGCUAACAACUAAUCAUCACCAACACUCUUCACGAUUAAAUUUAUCCGAUUUUGCUGGUAAUAAAAAUCCAUCACUAUUUAAUUCAUCCUUAAUGUAUGAACAGUCUACCACUACUACUAAUAAUAAUAGUAAUAUUCAUCAUCAUUACCAACAACAGCCUCAAUUGAACUUUCUUCAUCGAACAAGUCCCAAUUGUUCUGUUGCAUCAAUGUUACAACAAAAUCAUUACAGGCAACUGCAACAACAACCAUCAAUUCAACAGGAAAUGUUUCCUUCAUCCUGUACUCCUUCUAUAUCAAGUGCGAACAACAACAUUUCACAUUGUUCUCGUAUUUAUUCCGGCAAUAGUAAUAAUAAUAAUGGUAUUGUUGGUCGUGAUAGUCCUAUAUCCGGGAAUAAUAUGGAUAGUAAUCCGAGUGGUACUACUAAUAGUCAAUUAAUGUUUGGUGUUAAAGUUUUGCCUAAUGUUGUAACACCACAAUUACUGAAUAAUACUAAUAGUAAUAAUCCUAGUAAUCAUCAUCAGUCAAGACUACCACAAAGAGGUGGAUUAAUGCGUCAGACGAGUUGUGGACCAUCAGUAAUUAGUGGCUCAUUGAUGAAUAACACAAUCGGUGGUGGUGGUGGUAGUAGUAGUUUAUCAAGGUCACAAAUGAAUUCUACUUUAUUGACUGAUCGUCAGCCAUCGCAAGAGUUCAUGCAACAACAACAAUUCCAUUAUGCUAGUAAUAUUCAUAAUUCUAGACAAAGCUCAUUUUUACAAUCACAACAUCAAGCUUCUGGUGUUGGUAACAGCACUUUAAAAGGUCAACAACAUCAAUUAUCUACAGAUGACGGUGUAACUAGUAAGUUUACCUAUUGAUCCAUCUUGAUUAUAUCAUUUGUGCUUAAGUGUUCGCAUUUCAUACCAAAGGUAUUGGGUCCGAUUCGCGGAUGCGGACUAAUGGAUGUACAAUGCUGAAGGGAAGUCCUGUACUAGAAAAUGUAGCCAUCCAGUGCUUAUAUGUUUUUUUAAUGAUGGUCUAACUAAGAUCUAUAAAAAUAUGAUUUAAUGUUGAUCUGUUUUUCUGUGAAACUUUAUUUCAUGAAGCACAUUAAAUUCUAACACAAAGGGCUUGAAAAAUGAAGCGAUAUUGUAGCGUAAUAUAAGAGAGAUAGCACAGUUAAUAAAUAAAUAGUAAUAUGGUUCACUUCGGUCAGACGUGGCUAUAGCCUACUCUCUUGAAGUCCUGCUCAAUAAGUUCACAUAGAUGAGGGUUGUUUAUUUUUAUAAACGUAUGAGUACGAAAAGCGGAGACUUUGUGAUCACACAGAGUUGAUAGAUGCAGAAAGUUCUCCUAGUAGAGUGUUUAUGACCUCCACGAUCCUAAGGUAAUAAGGUUUGUAUGAACCUGUUCUGCCCUUCCGUUAUAAUGGGACUGGAUCUUUUGACGUUACUCCAAUGUCUUCUGGAUUAGAUCUAUAAGUCGAAAGUUCUAACAGUUGUUUCUAAAUAAGUCUAAAUGCUUCAGUGGCAGUAUCCAGACAGUUUUAUAUCCCAUACAUACACAUAUAUAUGUCAAUAAAUAAUUAUGAAGCAAUUGUUUUAAGCAUAGUGUUACAAUUUGUGUCCAGUAAGUGAGUUCAGUUUUCAAUUGCAUACAGAUAAAUUAGAACUCAAACAGAUUUUUUUUUACCAUAUAUCUCCCUCAACCUUUAGGUCUCUAAACAUUCUAUUUGAUUACCAAAGUUUUCCUCAUUCAAUUCAAAACAAACAAUUCAAAACAUUAGCGGUAAACAACAGUCGAUAAAAAAAUGAAAUUAGAUUUCUCGACUUCUCAUGACUUAUUGUAAAUCGAUUCUUCAGAAAAUAAAAAUAAAUCCAAUCAUAUUAGUUACAUAUUCCUUCGGUGUUAUGGACGAUCAUUUGAUGAUGAUAUGAUGAUCUAAUCGGUAAAAACAACAUACAAAUUACAUUCAUUUGCUUUAUUUCUCUAAUUUGUUCAACAAAACACGUCUUAGGACAGAACCUAUCGUAAAUCAAUCAAAAUUGUAACAUUCUAUUAGUUUUCUGUCAAUCCAUCACUAACAAUGUUCAUCUAUGGAAUUCCAAAUAGAAUAAAUUAACAGAAUGGGAAUUUGUGGAGAUGGUAGUAUCUCCACAGUUGAAUUCACCAGUCUAUCUAACCUAGAACACUAUUGAAAACGUGUAAGUAUUGACUGGCUUCAAGAUGGAUUUCCUGAAGUUCUAAUAAGAAACUGUGGCUAGUGGAGUUCAAUCCGUGUCGGGUAUGAGAGAAUUAUCCACCUCAAGAAUGGAUGAAGGGUUGUACAAGAUCAUGUGUCGAUUGAAGUUCUAGUCUAGAGUUUAGAUGUUCGCGCGCGAGUUCGAAAGUCGUACGUUCGAUUUCUGUGUACUGAAUCGUGGAUGCGUACUUUUGAGAAGUCCCGUACUAGGACAAUGGUUGUCUAGCUUAGAUCGACUCAUGAUUUCAACUGUGGAUUAAUUAAUUACAACAUUUAUUGAUAUUUAUUGUUGGAAUUGUUCAUUAAGAAAACAUAAAUAAAGAUAUCUGAUUAUUUUGUUUUCUAUUAAUAAUUAUAGGUUUUAUUGAAUGAUAAAUAAAC